ACUUCAUUUUGGUUUAUAAUAACGAGGAGGGCGUGUGUAGUAGUGCUUAAAUAAUUAAUUCGAUGCCAGGAGACGUGAUUCAUCUCAAUGUAGGGGGAUCAAGGUUUUCAACAUCAAGACACACCCUGACAUGGAUUCCAGAUUCAUUCUUUACAAGUAUGCUGAGUGGCAGGAUAUCAUCCCAGAUGGAUGAAACUGGUGCAAUUUUUAUUGACAGAGAUCCGGUGAUAUUUUCUGUGAUACUGAACUUCAUGAGAACCAAGGAAGUAGACUUUGGAAGUGUUGACAUAUCAGCUCUCCGCCACGAGGCAGAAUAUUUUGGCAUUACCCCCUUAGUGAGACGUUUAACUCUUUGUGAGGAUCUUGAACAUGCUUCCUGUGGUGAUGUUUUAUUCCAUGGCUAUCUUAAUCCACCAGAACCUCCCCUACCUCCUCCUACAGCGGAGAAAAAGAGGCAUUCCGUUUCUGUGGUUGGGUCUUCAGGUACAUCUCCUUCUCAUGCCAGGAGCCCUAGUAGCACUUCCAGACACGAGUCCCAUAGCCCAAGAUCCCCUCGCCCAGUGUCUGAGACAUGUAGUUCCCCCCCAGUCAAUGAACUUAGACCAGUUCGUCCAGCAUCAGAAGUUCUACCCAGCCAUUCUGCUGAUGUGGACAAAAUACAAACUCAUCACAGUCAUGAUGAGCCUUUAAAAGUUACCAUGGUGAGGGGUCAUCACAAUUGGCUUUGUGUGGCAUAUCCACAUUUUGUGUGCUGUUUCAGGAUGAAAGAUUCGGCAGGUUGGCAGUUGAGAUGGACCAGUCCCUACAUGGAGAAUGUUGUCGACAGAGUGGCCAUUAAUGCUAAGGUUUUAAAUCCCGACAACCCCAACAAGAUGGUGGCUGCUGCUAUGGGCAACAUGAUACAACUGUGGUUUGUUACAGAAGAAGGAACUAGCAGAGAGAUUGGGAAGUUCAGCUUAAAUGUGUCUGUUGACUCCUUGUUCUUCAUUGGAAGUCAGCUGGUGGCUCUGAGUCAGACUGGGAAAGUUGGGGUUUGGCACGCAAUGACUCAGCACUGGCAGAUCCAAGAUGUAGUUCCAGUGUCCAGUUAUGACACAGCAGGAUCUUUCCUGUUACUAGGUUGUGAGAAUGGUUCCAUUUAUUACAUAGACAUGCAGAAAUUUCCUUUGAGAAUGAAGGACAAUGAUCUUUUGGUGACGGAGUUAUACAAGGACCCAUCAGAAGACAUGGUCACUGCACUUAGUGUGUAUCUCACUCCAAAAACCAGUAUUAGUGGUAACUGGAUUGAGAUAGCCUAUGGCACAAGCUCAGGGAUAGUGAGGGUCAUUGUCCAACACCCAGAAACUGUAGGAAGUGGGCCUCAGCUGUUCCAGACCUUCACAGUUCACAGGAGUCCUGUUACUAAAGUGAUGCUGUCAGAGAGACACCUUGUGUCAGUUUGUAGCGAGUAUAAUCACGUAAGGACGUGGAGUGUGACCCGCUUUAGAGGAAUGAUCUCCACCCAGCCUGGAUCCACUCCUUUGGCUUCUUUUAAGAUCGUGUCUCUUGAAGACGUAGACCCAAUUAUUAGUUAUUCUGCCAGCAAUGACAUUGGUCCCUAUGGUGAGCAAGAUGAUCAGCAGGUUUUCAUUCAGAAAGUUGUUCCAGAAACAAAUCAACUGUUUAUCAGACUUUCAUCAAAUGGUCAAAGGGUAUGCGUCAUUAAGUCAGUGGAUAGUUGCAAUAUCAGUGCUUUCUGUGUUCACGAGUGUGAGGGCUCAAACCGCAUGGGUUCUCGACCCCGGAGAUACCUCUUCACUGGUCAUUCCAAUGGUGCCAUUCAGAUGUGGGAUUUAACUACAGCUUUGGAUAAAAUGGUCAAAACUGAUCAAGGAACAGUGAAAGAUGGUGGUCCAACUGCCAAAGAGCUAGUGAAACUCCUUGAACAAUGUGACCUUUCUUCUUCAAGGUCACCCACCCCUUGUGUCAGCAGAACCCCCUCUGUGGUACACAUGGCCCCACCUCAACAGGGGGCAACUUCUGGUCCAUGGAUUAUGCAGUCAGAAACAGACAGUCUUGGAGAAGGGGCCACAGGAGGGGACUACAUGGAAACCGUGGAGACAGACACACAAGUCACAAGAAUAUGAACAAAACAAGGACAAAAAAGAAGCAGCAUUCAAAUGACUCAGUUGAAAGGAGCAUACUUAGUGAAUAAGAUAUUUAUACUGAAGUUUUUAAUGCAUUUUCUGAACAUGCUUCAUUAACACCUACAUGUAUAAUAUGAAGGCUUCAUUACAUUAAGUUAGUUAGGAUCUGCUUAUUUAAAUUGUGUGAUAAGUUUGUAUGUUAGUGAUAUUAUGUAAUCUUUACAUUUUCAGUGAAAAUGCGAACUUUUUAAUUCACCGUUUUAGAGUGGAUUGUCGUACAACUGUUUAGAUCUUUGACAGGUCUUGCUGAUCAAAAGAAUUCCUUUUUAAUCUACUGUCACUAUUUUUAUGUGUGAAGACGUUUAGAAAAAUACAUGCAAUACUGUAAAUCAUGUUUUACUUCCAAUAACUUUAUUUUCGCUUAAUUAUGUGAGGCCAUCUCUUCAAGAAAAUUUCAUUCUUGGGUUUAAUUGUAUUAGUAUAGAUUAUGUAGAACAUUAACCAGAAUUUGUGAAAAUUUUGUCUUGCUUUAUAUAAAUUCUAUACAAGUAUCUCGCAAAAAUAAGGUGUCGGAAAAAUUAAUGAUUUACAGUAUGCAAGAGGCAUAAUUAAUUUUCUCUCCAAGUUGACAAUGUGAUGUACAAGUCUUUACGAUGUUUUAUAUUAAUUGAUUCUUUGUUUUUAAUAUGUAUAGCAAUCACUGUUCCAUUAUGGCAUAAAAUAAAAAUGUUUAAAACUGUU